UACCACCGUAAAACAUCGCACACUGCUUCGAAGAUUAAUUAUAACAUAUCGCUCUCGACGCUGGAACAAGUAUGCUUGAGACUCAUACCACAGAGCAGUCAUUACAAAAAAUGGGAAAGAAAAAAUGGAACGAGAAAAUUAUCUAUGCCCUUUAUAUAAUCUCUACUCUAAUCAUACUUGUAACUAUUGAAAGAAUGGUCAUUGAUGUUUUUGGUGAAAUGUGGUUCACAAUGAUCAUAAAUGCUCUUACAGGAAUCUCUUCAAUGCUUUGCAUACUGGGACUUUACUUUCGUAAGAAAACUGCAGUCAUUGUGUAUAUCCUUCUUGCUUUCAUCACACUUGGAAUUAACAUCACCGUCAUGCUGAUGUAUAACAAUGUCGGUCUAUUGAAAGGAACUGAGCAGUAUCUUUCACUUCCAAUGAGAGGCGAAAGCUGGUGGAAUAAUCAUGGUUUCUUUUGCUAUCAAGUUUGCAAUAGUGGCUCAUCAUCACAAAAUAAUAACAACAACAACAACAAUGACAAUAAUAAUAAUAAUAACAUGGAAGGUAGUGGAGAUACACUCUUGCUGACUGAUGGCACACUCUUGAGUGCAGGAGAGGAUCCAACAACUAUUUAUGGAUCAGGAGAUCCAGUUUCAACACAGGCUUGCUUCAUAACUUAUGCAGUAAUAGAGACAACACAUUCAGCAGCUAAUGCUUUCUUAAUAUUGCUUACAGUUUUUCUUGCAAUGUUGAUGCUAUGUACUGUAAAGAAAGCAGAAGGGAAUGAGCUUGAGUCGCUUCGCUGCAUGAAUGUGGGCCGAUAUGGAGGAGAGGCUGUACGAAAUCACGAGCCACAAUCAGGAAGGAGGCGUCAGUCGUAUUACAAGCUCUCUGAUUCAUUUGACACUAUUGGGACUGUAAGAGGAGGGAGUUCAUCAUCCUCCAUGUAGUAAUCGUUGUCUUGUUUUAAUUUUCCCGACCAUAAAAUUUAAUUUUAAUUGA